UAAUAUAAUAAUCCUAGCCGCCAUCGCAUAGCAGACGCACGCAAAAAUGCUUAUAUAACUGUAAAUAUCUGAUCUCACUUGUACACUCACAGGUCUGCUCCCUGUUUCCAUCUAUACUCUUUGCAGUCAACAACGCCUGCUUUUCUUUUCUUUUCCUUUUCCGGUCGGGGACAAUGGCGGAGAAAUGGGUGUUAAUGGUGACGGCGCAGACGCCGACGAACAUAGCGGUGAUAAAGUACUGGGGGAAGAGGGACGAGACCCUCAUCCUCCCCAUCAAUGACAGCAUCAGCGUCACCCUUGACCCUGCCCACCUCUGCACCACCACCACCGUCGCCGUCAGCCCCGCUUUCGACCAAGAUCGCAUGUGGCUCAACGGGAAGGAAAUGUCACUUUCUGGGGUGAGAUACCAAAAUUGUCUAAAAGAAAUUCGAGCCCGUGCUUGUGAUGUUGAGGAUGAGAAGAAGGGUAUCAAGAUAACAAAGAAGGAUUGGGAGAAUCUGCAUGUGCAUAUUGCUUCUUACAAUAAUUUCCCUACUGCUGCAGGCUUGGCUUCUUCUGCUGCUGGUUUUGCCUGCCUUGUAUUUGCCCUUGGAAAGCUUAUGAAUGUGAAAGAAGAUAAUAGCCAACUCUCUGCUAUAGCAAGGCAAGGUUCAGGCAGUGCUUGCCGAAGUCUAUUUGGAGGAUUUGUUAAGUGGAUCAUGGGAAAAGAUGAAGAUGGAAGUGAUAGUCUUGCUGUUCAACUAGUGGACGAGAAACACUGGGAUGAACUUGUUAUUAUCAUCGCAGUGGUAAGUUCAAGGCAGAAGGAAACAAGCAGCACCAGUGGAAUGCGUGAUACUGUUGAAACCAGUCCCCUUAUACAGCACCGAGCAAAGGAGGUAGUACCAAAACGAGUAGUUCAAAUGGAGGAAGCAAUUAAAAAUCGCGACUUUCCAGCUUUUGCCCAUCUGUCUUGUGCAGAUAGCAAUCAGUUUCAUGCAGUCUGCCUGGAUACAACUCCUCCCAUAUUCUACAUGAAUGAUACAUCUCAUAGGAUAAUUAGCUGUGUGGAGAAAUGGAACCGUUCGGAAGGAACUCCACAGGUUGCUUACACUUUUGAUGCGGGGCCAAAUGCAGUUAUGAUUGCUCGCAAUAGAAAGGCGGCUGCCCUUCUGGUUCAAAGACUGCUCUUUUACUUCCCUCCAAAUUCAGAUACAGAUCUAAGCAGCUAUGUCAUAGGGGAUAAAUCAAUACUCGGGGAUGCUGGGAUUAAGGACUUGAACGACGUGGAAGCACUUCCACCACCUCCAGAAAUCAAGGACAACAUUCCAACUAAGAACAAGGGCGAUGUUAGUUACUUCAUCUGCACGAGACCUGGAAGAGGCCCGGUGGUUCUUACUGAUGAAAGUCAAGCCCUCCUCAACCCUGAAACCGGGUUACCCAAGUAAAGGACCAAACGUUCUCCAGCAUGACCAUUACAUCAAGUCAGUCUUCCUAUCGCAGAAGCUACCAUUCUAAAAUGGUCGAGUCUUGUGUAACCAUUACAAUUCAAGGCAUUUUCUUCUUUCCUUUUCGGUUUUCCCAUUAAACUCUUUUGGUGGAUUGAGCUUAAAUUUAUGUUUAUGUUGUCAAUAGCUGUGUACUCAUAUAUUGUUUAACUCUCACAGAACAACAUGUUCUCUUGGAAUUCAUUCUUCUAGCAUUCAGAAAUAACUUUCUGUGAUGGAUUCCAUCAAUAAAGUGAUAUAAAACUUCAAGCUUACAAAUUGUCC